CGGAAGCGGAAACAGACUUUCUGACUAGCAGAAAGGCGGAUCCCCUCUCUCCUCUCUCCUCUCGGCUACUUUACCUCUCUUAACUUCUAGUUGGCCUGUGUUUUUUACAUGCCAUACCUCGGCAGGUUCACGCCCAAUACAACAAAAACCUGCUUCCUCAAUUAUUAAAACUGUAUUCAGUCGGUUUCUACGACAGACAGGAAGAGUUCAUCAGCCACAGCGAAGCUAGAUAGCUAACUUUUCAACUUGACAACAGGAACAAGAGGCAACAACAGCGGACUGAAGCUCCAGGAAGAUGGGAGAUGGUGGAGAUUUGAUAUGGGCGUUGAAGACCGGGGACAUGGACGAGGUGGAGAACAAACUGAAAGAGGCCGAAGACGUAAACCGGACCCUCGAAGGUGGGAGGAAGCCUCUGCACUACGCUGCAGACUUCGGUCAGAGAGAAGUGUUGGAAUACCUCAUUUCUAAGGGGGCCGAUGUAAAUGCUCCAGACAAGCACGGCUGCACUCCGCUGAUCUCCGCCUGUUUCGAGGGUCACCUCUCCUGUGUCAAGCUCCUGCUAGAAAAGGGAGCUGACAAAGACCGAAAAGGCCCUGAAGGCAUCCGUGCCAUCGAAGCCGCCGAAUGCGAAGAUAUAAAGGCUCUGCUCAAGUGAGACACCACAGUGUGGGAGGUGGCUGGACAGGUGGGUGAACGGACGGACAGACAGACGGAUGCAGUGGUCCCCUGACAGAAGAUUGGACUCGUCCCUUUCACCCCUGAUCAACCUCUGUCUUUAACACUGCUUUUGUCUGUUUGUCGGAGGGUCAUUUUGUCUGUCUGGUGAUUUUUCCUUUUACCUUUUUUGUUUUUCUUUUCCCCACAUUUUUGGGAUAGGGUUUUCUCUCUCGUUCUGGCCUCUGUUUGUAGCCAUUUAACAGAAGAACUUGUCAAUUAUGUCUCCCUUAGGGACCAAACACUGGGGGAGCGCUCUCGCACCUGGAUCCUAGAACACUGCUCAGACUAGAAAUCACUCUGUAAUGUAAACGCAAAGCUUAGCACUUAAAAUACACAUCUCUCAUUUGCAGUUGUUUUUUUUACAACUUCAGUAUAAGUAUUGUAUGGCCAGGGCUUAAUCUCAUAAAACGAACAGUAGUUGCACUGUAUACUAGAUAGAAAAGAAGAGAAAGGUUGUAAAGUUUCAUUAUAUUAACAUUAUGUGUGGCCUCUUCCUCUACCUUCAUUUCUUUUCUUUUUUUAAUAGACCAAACUGUCCCUCCAAUCCUAUCUUGAAAUUUUGGAAACGUUGGUUGAGAGAGGUCAAAUUUUUCCUUUUUUCUACUGGGCAUAUCACUUGCAUAUCAAACGGUGUUUUUGACAAAUUUUACGUAGCUAAUGCAUAAAAUGAAUCACCAUGCUGGUUAACUAGAAAAGACUUGAAUGUUGCAGUUUUAAGAUCUGUCACUGAAUCCCUUUUUUCGAUGCGAUGUUAACAGCACAUAAUAGAGUGAGGAAUUCUAGAAAUUAGUUAAUUUCGUCAUCCCUGGAGUGAGAUUUCAGAGCGGAAAUUCCUGUUUUUGUUGCGGCUUCUGUGUGUUUUUGUAAUUGACGGGCUCUAGGGGGCUCUGAGCGACGGCUAAAUGGGGGUUAGAGUUGAAAACCGGAUGGUGGGGACCGUUGGCGUUCCCUUUGCCUUGGAUUUGGUUAGAAGCCCUGCCUGUUUUUUGCUGCAUGUCAAAAUUGCCUCUGCUUUUAUGCUAUGAAACGGUCGCUGGUCCUCUCUUGGUUGCUUUCAAAAAUGAAUUACUACUAUGUAAUGGACAAAAAAAAAAAAGAUGCUCUUGCUGACUUUGUUGUGACAAAAAGUCUGUAAAAACAGAAAUAAAAAUAUCUAUAAAAAAAAAA